GCAGCUGGCGGUAAACGCUGUUGACAUCUGAGCUGGUUUGAUGUUGUUGAAUAACGAACCUGGAUGGAACCUGUUUUAGUUAAAUACUAAUAUUAACAUUAAUAUUAAUAUCUAGCGACGUCACUUUCCUUCAGGACAAUGGUUCAAAUCGUCGUCAGAGGCAGCGUGGAUGGCAGCAGUCCUCCAGAGUGGCUGCUGGUGGAGCUUCAGGGAGAGAUGGUGUCCAGACACAACUCCGGCCUGGCAGGAAAUGUGAUGGGAGACCUGCUCUACACCAAAGAGGGGGUGCCAGUGCUGAUUGUGGGACAUCACAUCCUGUACGGGAAGCAGGUCAAACUGGAGAAAGUCUUUGCCGUCCUCACUAAGCGUUCUGACCACGAGCAGGACACCCAGGACGCUAAUGAGGAUGAUGUCACACAGGUUCCCAUGGAGACGGACCAGCAGGGCUCCACCUCCAAGUCUUACUACGUGACGGCCAUCAUCAAGAGGAAGCUGAUCUUUAAGACUCGCCCCAAACCCAUCAUCACCAAUGUGCCCAAGAAGGUGUAGAGCGAGUCCCAGGGUCAGAGGUCAAGAGACUGAACCCUAUGACCUUCAUGGAACUGAUCAGGACUGAGCCUCGUGUUGAUCACUGCUGUCGACCUCUGACCUGAUUCCAACGAGAGACUUUUAAAGAGACUCGGACAAGUUUCCUGAGAUUCUUGGAAAUCAAAAGCUGUUUGAAAGGUUUUUACAUUUUGAAAACAAAUUAUUCUAAAUAAAACUGUAAUAAAACAAAAGAAUUCAACAGGACGGAUUGAUAAAUUGU